CUUCACACAUGUUCCUGGUCAUAUUAUAAACCACAGCAGUGGCUGUGGGUGCAUAGCGAUAGUUUUCAAUGUUACAAACAGACAAACAGGAACAAGUCUGGGUCUUAGAUUACAAAAUUCCAACGGGGUUUAACAUUUGUAGGCGUGGUGACCUUCAAUGCCUGAUAAAACAAACGCGUGGGUAUAUCUUCGUUCUUCAAAUGUUUAUUUUUUAGUUUGUAGAAUGAAAGCACGUGAUUAGGAGCCUAGUAAUACAGGGACACGGAGGCGCAGUGGAAUAGAGAACAUGGAAAAGAACAUCCUAAUACAGGUUUUACACCUGUGUAAUUUCUUUGUGACGACACUUGGACAUUUCCAAAGACAAGAUGGUUGCCCAUCCCCACAUUGGUCUAUCGACAUUCCACGCCGGAAAUGCUUAAAAUUUUACCCAGAAUUCCAUGACUUUGCACACGCUGAACAAUUAUGCAAGAGGGAAGGAAGCAACAUUCCAUAUAUGGACAUUGACGUUGACGUGACUUCAGCUUUUCAGUACCUUCAUUUAACUUUCACAAAUUCAUCAUUUCAAUUUUGGACGAGAAGAUACCGCGAUAAUAAUGAAAUAAAAAUAAGCAAGCGAACGACUGAUGAAGAGAAAAAUUGCGAUUUUAUGAAACUGGGAGGAGAUUGGAAUAUUUCAAGACAUACAAGAAAAUGUCAGGAAGAAACAGCAGUCCUUUGUGAAUACAAUUUGAACGAUUCUACCAACAAACUCUUUUCAAAAGAUUUUUAUGUUCUGGAUACCCAGGAUCUCGUGGCUAUUGGUGCCGGGGUAUUCAUAUUAGCAGCGUUUUGUUUUGUUGUUUUAAUGGAUAUUUUAAAACACACCAGAAGUCCAGACCAAAAGAUGGCCGACGGUGCACGUGUAUGAUGAAAACACACCAGAGAUCCAGACCAAAAGAUGGUGCACCUGUAUGAUAUGUUUACAUACCCGCAUCGCUAACCGAUAUAAUUAUAUUUAUGACAUAUUCCCACACCAGAUUCCAUUAAUAAAGACCCAGUGUCUCAUAGGAUUCUUCUUAAUGGGUGUUUGUCUCAACAGAAUGAGGAAUUGAAGAGAUGGUGUAGAAUGACAAUAAUUCGAUAUACGGAAGUUAAGGAUAUCCCCUUAGGUAUGCUAAAGUGCCAAGAUUUACUGUCACCUACACACACUUUAACGGUAUAUGGGAUUUAGCAGACACAUUGACACAUUUCACAUUAUAGCAUGACGGUUGUUGCUACCGCCAGUGUAACGCUCCAUCGAUUAGGUGUCAUUCCGAAACAGGAUCCAACUUUACAAACGGAAUUAUUGAAAGCAUGAAUAGAUCGAUAGAAUGUCGACUAACACACGAACUUGGUCCUGAAUAAUGAAUGUUUAUCUGAGUCAAUUUAACAUAUAAGCUACCAAAGUUACCCGAUGAUUCCAAUGAGGUAUUCAAUUUUAUUAUACUGAAAUGUACGAUCCAUAACCCGUAACGCAUGGAUACAGAAAUGAAAUGCAUUCCAAUACCAUCCCGAAUCAGUGUAAUUUGUGAGAAUGAUGAAUUCUACAUUGGCAAAUCGUAACUUGAAUCAAUUUAACUAAUGGGUUAUAUAAGUCGCACGAUUCACUUAAUUUCAUAUUAUAUCCUGUAGUUUUUCUGUUUUUUUUUUCUUUUGGAGUGACAUUAACACGUGACCUCGUGACUCAAGUUUAUGAAACAGAGGAAUAUAAAAUAUCACAUUAUAGAAUAGCUGCUGCCUUCGUUAAACUACAAGACCAUAGUCCAAAUAUUGGAACCACUCAAGAAGACUUUAAAACAACAUAAAAUGAAUCGUAUAUGAUUCCACAAAACAGCACAAAAUGAUUAUCACAUAGAAUAUUAACAAUAACAACAAGAAUAAGUACGGUGCUAUUAAAUCAAAUAUUUAGAUGUAUAGAUCAUUGUAUGUAUGUGUAUUGAUUAGACUUUGAAUUGAUAUUGUGUGUUGAUUAAUUAAGAAGAAACUGAAUAUUACAAACUAAGUUAUUGAUGAACGUUAAAUACGUCAACACUGCUACAAAUCGAUUGGUAAUUGUUGGUAGUGUUGAUUGGCUGUUCAAUGUUUAUCACCUCUUUCUUUGAACACGACAGUAAACAUUGAAAAUUGAUGGUAAAUGUGUACCUUGGUGUAUGUAAAAUGUAUAUUAAUACAUGUUAUGUCGUUAUUGUAUGUGAUUAUGGGAGAAAAUAAAGAUACUAAUUAUCGAAUUC